CUCCCCGAGCAGCAGCAGCUGAUGAUGAGCAGCCUCUCCACGGCACAUGCUCAGUUAUGCACACCCAGAGAACUUUGAAGGCUUAGCUGUGGCUGCUGAGGUCAUUGCACUGGGAAAAAAAAUAGACAGACUCCCUCCACUACACCGCCUCCAUUUUGAAUAGCCAUGUAAUAGGGGAUUCGCAUAGUUUUUGUGUGUAUCGCCCACUGCGCUGCGUAGUGUCAACAAGCCACAUCCAAACAGCCCUCGACAUGGACGACCUGUUCAGUCCGCGGAGGAGCCUGAACAGCACACAGGGAGAGAUAAGAGUGGGACAAAGUCAUCAGGCCAAACUCCCAGAGUUGCAGCCACGGCCCGUUCCCAGUUUGCAGACUCAGACGGAGAGGGAGGAUCUGAUGUGGAUGCCGGGGGUCAAUGACUGUGACCUUCUGAUGUACCUCAGAGCGGCCAGGAGCAUGGCAGCGUUUGCAGGGAUGUGUGACGGUGGGUCAACAGAGGAUGGAUGUCUUGCAGCCUCCCGUGAUGAUACCACACUCAACGCACUCAACAUGCUCCAUGCGAGUCACUAUGAUGCAGCAAAAGCUCUCCAGCGCCUGGUGAAGAAGCCUCUGCCGAAGCUCAUUGAGAAAUGCUGGUCUGAGGAUGAUGUGAAACGCUUCAUCAAAGGCCUGAGACAGUAUGGAAAGAAUUUCUUCCGCAUCCGGAAAGACUUUCUGCCCAGCAAAAAGACUGGGGAGCUGAUCACGUUCUACUACCACUGGAAGAAAACUCCUGAGGCUGCGGGAACUAGAGCUUAUCGGCAGCAACGUCGACAGCCGUCCUCUCGCAAAGCCAAGACUCGCUCUGCAGCAGUCCCCGUAACCCCAUCGCUGAAUUAUUCAGUGGAUGCGAGUUCUGCCAGUGAAGACGAUCUUGACAGUGAAGACAGUGAACAGGAAAUCAAGAGCUGCAGCCACUGCGGUGCAACAAGUUCUAAGGAUUGGCACCAUGGGCGGAGAGACACCUUGUUGCUGUGCACGACCUGCCACACGCACGAAAGCAAACAUGGAAGUCUGCCGCCAGCUUCAAAAUCUGCAGUCGCUCCAUUCCUGUUUAAACCUGCUAAAGAGGAAGAGGAGGUGAACAACAAGCAUGGCAUGAGGACACGACGAAGCAGAGCACCUCUUUCAUCUUUGAGAAGUGGCCACAGGAGGCUCACGGGCUCCCCCACCAGUGAGGAUCAGCAGUCCAGCAGCCAACCCUCCCCCAGCGGAGCGACUUCUAAUUCGCUGAGAUCUUCUUCCACAGAUAAUAAGAACGAAUCCAGCAAGAAAACGAACAAGAAGAUAAAAGAAGAGGUCACAUCACCAAAGACAACAAAGCGUGUACGGGAGAGUCCUGCCCAGGAGCCGGAAGAGCCUGAGAAAGUUACUCCUAAAAGGCCGAAGACACAGGAUCCUCGGGGCUCGCGGUCCGAGGGCGAGGCCGAGGUGGAGGAGGAGAGCUCUUCAGAGAGCCGCAGCGCUCAGGACGACGGCAGCAGCGACACCAAAGACAUCGACCAGGACAACCGCAGCUCCUCCCCCAGUAUCUCCAGCCCGCAGCAGGGCAACGAGAGCGACUCCGACUCCUCGGCCCAGCCCGGGGGGAUCCUGCCAGAGCCGGCUGCUGCGGGGGGGCCGGCUGACCCUCCAGCCCCCCAGGCCAUCCCCUCUCAGAGCCAUCCCAUCCUUCAUCAGCCACCACAAAGCACUCCUCCUGCUGAUGGUGCUCAGAGCCCCCCUCCUGCCUCUCCGGACCCCCCUCAGCCCGCUGCCGGUCAGCCAGCUGGACCAAACUCCCGCCCACAGCCCGCCCCUCACGCUCUCUCUGGUCCCCCUCCUCUUCCGCCAGCACUCGGUCAGGAUUAUCCUCUUUCUCCAGCAUUUCAGGUCCCCCCGGCUCUCAACUCUGCACAGCCUCUGCAGACCCAUGGCCCGUCGGCUCAGGCCCUCCAGAGACCCCCACCCUUCUUUAGGGAGUCUCAGCUCCCCCAGCCUUCUCUCUCUGGCCCUCAAAUCAAGCCCCCUCCCACCACUCCAAUCCCAAAUUCACACAAACAGGGUCCACAUAAUCAGUCUUCUACACCUUUCCCUCAGAUGCCUUCCAAUCUCCCCCCUCCCCCUGCUCUGAAGCCCCUCAAUUAUCUGCCCAACCCGCAUCCUCCGGGCGCCCCGCCGCCCCCCCUUCAGCUCAUGCCACAGCCUUUGCCAAUGCAGUCCCUUCCUACCCAGCUGCCAGUGCUCUCUCAGGUGCAGACCCACCCUGGGAAAAGCAUGACUUCCUCUCACCCGCCGGCAGCAGCCUCACUUCCUCUCCCUCCUGUAACAUCUUCUGCUAUUGGUCCGGUCCCGAGCCUCCAGCCAUCAUAUCCACCUCUGAGACCCUCGCCGAGCGCGGCAGCAGGAUGUUCACAAAUUCAGAUUAAAGAAGAGCCACUGGAUGAGAUGGAAGAGGCUGAGAGCCCACCGCCUCCAUCUCGCAGCCCCUCGCCGGAGCCCACCAUCAUCAACAUGGCCAGCCAUGCCAGCCAGUCUGCACGGUUUAUCAAACACUUGGAUCGUGGUUACAACUCCUGUUCCAGAACAGACCUGUUCUUCACUCCACUUACGGCCUCCAAGCUGGCCAAGAAAAGAGAGGAGGCGGUGGAAAAGUUGAGGAGAGAUGCUGAGCACAGUGCUCGACAAGAACGUGAAAGGGAGAAAGACCGUGAGAGAGACAGAGAAAGGGAGGCAGACAGAAAUGCAAUGAGUAGAGCCUCCAGCUCCUCCCACGACAGUCGUAUGAGCGAUGUUCAGAUGACGGUUCAUGGCCACGGACGCCCCUCCUUUGAGCAGCCGCCCACCAGUGUGGCUGCUGUGCCCCCCUACAUCGGCCCUGACACACCCGCCCUGCGCACCCUGAGUCACUACGCCCGACCCCAUGUCAUGUCGCCAUCAAACCGCAACCACCCGUUCUACGUGUCGCUGAGCCCCGGCGACCCCCUGCUGGCCUACCACAUGCCGGGCCUGUACGGCGCUGACCCCAACCUCAGAGAGCGCGAGCUCAGGAACCUGCGUGAAAGGGAGCUCCACGAGAGGAUGAAGCCUGGCUAUGAGGUCAAGCCCCCAGAAAUGGAAAUGCUACACCAAUCUGCCAACCCCAUGGAGCACUUUGCCAGACACGGGGCCAUCGGUCUCCCCCACAUUCCUGGGCCCCCCCACCACUUCGCCCAGUUCCAUCCCGGGCUGAACCACAUGGAGCGAGGGAUGGUGCUGGCUGCGCCUCAGCUGCGCCCCGAGCUGAGCUACGCAGAGCGACUCACUGCAGAGCGGCUCCACGCAGAGAGGAUGGCGUCUGUAGGGGCCGACCCCGCCGCCAGGCUGCAGAUGCUCAAUGUGACGCCGCACCACCACCAACACUCUCACGUUCACUCCCACCUCCACCUGCACCAGCAGGAUCCGCUUGGGCAAGGUCAAAACCCUCAUCCUCUGGACCCUCUGCAAGGAGGCCCACGUUUGGCCCGCUACCCCUUCCCCGGGGGCCAGAUCCCCAACGCUCUACUGGGCGAUCUCCCUCAUGAUCAUGAGAUGCUGCGCCACCCACUGUUUGGAGCAUAUCAACGAGAGCUGCAGGGCCAGAUUCCUCAGAUGUCUGCUGCCCACCAGCUCCAGGCGAUGCAUGCCCAGUCUGCAGAGCUGCAGAGGAUGGCGAUGGAGCAGCAGUGGCUGCAUGCUCAUCACAUGCAUGGAGGCCAACUCCCGAGUCAGGAAGAUUACUACAGCCGUCUGAAGAAAGAAGGUGACAAGCCAUCUUGAGUGCCAGGUGGUGCAUGCCCUGAAUCCGUACACUCAUACCCCAAUAGAAUACUGUGUACUUUUAAGACUGUAAGAGAGUAUUUGUGAGUCCAUUUUUUUGUUUUAAUAUAUUUUAGGAAGAUCUUUGUGGAUCUUUACGUGCAUUCCUUGUUCAGCACUUAUUGGACUGUCAAAGUCCGUCUCAGAUUUUCAUAUCACUUAAGACUUUAUACUAGUUUUUAUUAUCAAAAUGACAAACAAUCUCACCCAUUCAUGUGAGAUUUGAAGUGACAGAUUUUUCUCUAACAAACUGUAAAACUGUUUCAUAUGCAGUGACGUGAAUUUGCUAAUGAAAAUAUAACUCUCAUAAAGGAUAUGAAAACAGACUGACUUUGGUGUUAAGUUGAAAUAUCUACCUAUGAUUUCUAAAUGAUUUCCUUGUACAGAAUGACCUUUUAAUCAGUGUUUGAAUGACUCUAACGACCUAGCAUGACGCAGACUUUUUUUCCACCAAACUAGAGUAGCAAGUUGCAUUGUGGUGCUUAGAGCAUAGUAUAGAUUGUUUUUUCUCUUAAAUCUGCUAAAUAUUUGUCUAAAUCCUAAAGUUUUAUAUAUCAAGAUAUCUUUUCACAUUAUAACCGAAGCUUUUAUUCGCUCAUUUUUGAGAUUGUAAAUAUUAAAUGUUUGCAAUAUUCUAUAUGAAUGAGUACUAUUGAUAUAGCAGUAGAUGUGAACACUUGCCCUUCGAUCCAGCACGAUAGCAGUAAAUCAUAAGCUAAAACAGUAUUGAGUAUUAUAAAGUAAGAUAAUUAUUAAUUGGACCAGUAUAUGUCGCUAAGGCAGAACGUUUUGUUAGAAUAAUGUAUUUACAUUGUUUUGAUGAGAGCAAAUGAAUUGGAGUGAAACUAAAUCCUAAACAUUUUAAUGGAAUUUUUGAAAGAACUGCCUCUAAAUUCAAUAUUUAUGUGACAUAAUAUAAAAGUGUAUCCAUUGCAUAUUUAUUUCAAUAAAUAUUUCUGCAAUGACCCCUUGUUCUCUUUGCACCUGGAGUUUCUUUGUAUCAAUAGCCUGUGGUAUAUACAAUUUAUAAGGUACACCUAGCUAAAGCUAAUACUUUCCUGUAAUAAAUUCUACCUUGAUGAA